GUCAAACAAGAGUCAGCGCGAAGAAGUAACAGCAUCUGAAUGCGGAUGUUCAGCAAUAAAACGUGAAUGACUGAACAUGAAUUAAGUUUGGGUGUAAUCGUUUUUUGUCGCGGGUGAUUUGGAUUGCGGUGUCGCAUUGAUCAGGGUUUAUAGGAGUGAAUCAAGAGUAAAUGAAAGAUGUCAGACAGCAGCAGCUCAGUCGGCCUGCUGUCAUAUGAAACACUGGUGCAUGCUGUGGCAGGUGCAAUUGGCAGUGUUACAGCAAUGAGUGUGUUUUAUCCUUUGGACACAGCCAGAAUCAGACUUCAGGUGGAUGAAAGCCGGAAGGCUAUGUCCACUCCCAUUAUUCUGGCUGAGAUAGCAAAGGAGGAGGGCAUAUUGUCUCUCUAUCGUGGCUGGUUUCCUGUCAUUUCUAGCCUGUGCUGCUCUAACUUUGUCUACUUCUACACAUUCAACACCCUGAAGAAGGUCAUGGUGUCUGACAGAUCCAGACCUGGCAAAGAUCUGCUCAUGGGCUUCAUAUCAGGAGCUGUUAACGUGCUCCUGACGACUCCCAUGUGGGUGGUCAACACGCGGCUGAAGCUUCAGGGGGCUAAGUUCCGGAAUGAGGACUUCCAUCAGACCCACUAUAAGGGCAUAUUUGAUGCCUUUUCCCAGAUAAUAGCUAGUGAGGGAGUGGGGACUCUGUGGAACGGGACUCUGCCGUCUCUCGUGCUGGUGUUCAACCCUGCAGUUCAGUUCAUGUUCUAUGAAGCUAUGAAAAGGAAAGCGGGACGUGGAGACAGGAAGAUAUCAUCACUCGAGAUUUUUCUUAUUGGUGCCAUCGCUAAAGCUAUUGCAACAUCUGCAACAUAUCCACUGCAGACGGUUCAGGCCAUACUGAGGUUUGGCCAGUAUAAAUCGGAUGGAAAAGGAGGCCUGCUGGGCAGCCUGAGGAACGUGGUGUAUUUACUAAUGGACCGAAUCAAGAGACAUGGACUGUUGGGUUUAUAUAAAGGUUUAGAGGCGAAGCUCCUGCAGACAGUGUUGACGGCGGCGCUCAUGUUUGUGGUCUAUGAGAAGAUAACUGCUGCCACAUUCAGACUCAUGGGUAUCCAGAAGAAACUCCAGCAUUGAGACAUUGAGCCAUGUCAACUACUGAGAGACUAAAUACUACCUCUCUAACACAAACCCUCAGGAGGAGCUCCAUAUAUCCCAUCAGUCACCACUCUACUAACAUGGGUUUAUGUAAUAUGACCUCGGCUUUACCAUGACAUAGGUCAGUAUAGUGACGUUUAUUGUUUGCCUAAAAACUGGAGCCAUGGAGGUGUUUUUGAAUUGUUCAUUUUUAAUAGCUGCCUUAAAAGCAUUCAUAUUUUCUUUAAUAUGUCUGAGUCUGAAUGUAAAACUUCUUAGUGCCAACAGGCAACAGUAGCUUUAAAGCAAAUAUAAUAUAAUGGCAAUUUUAACUCGAAGCAACUGAAGAUAAUAGUAUUGGAUGGUGUUUUUGAAAGGGCUUACCAGGCAGAACACAUUUUAACAUGAAGAAUGUUACGUCUGUCCUUUCUGAUUGGAUUGAGUUCAUUUAUCUAGCACAGUGGUUCUCAAACUUUUCAGAUCAAGUACCACCUUUAAUAACAUGAGUUGUUCCAAGUACCACCUAAUGACCGCCAUAGAAAAAUCACAUGAAUAAACAUUAAAAUGAAUAGUAGAGCUUUGAAUCUUUAUCUUUACACCUCGUCCUCCAAUUCUAAUGUAUUAUUAAUUAUACAAACACUUUUUUUCCCGGCUGUUUUCAAACUAAACAUGUUUUUUCCAUGUUUUUCAAGUUAGUCAGCAGCAAGGAUGGGCGAUAUUAUAUCGUUUGCGAUAUACCGGUAGAAAUUCCCCACACGAUAGGAAUUAGUCUUCCCGUGAUAUAAACGAUAAAUUCUAGUUGAUGACGUAUUUCUUUGUGAGACCCAUUCACAGCUCAUAUGUGAAGUGAAAACGGGUAUAGCGGAGGGCGGACGUGAAGCUGAGAAAGAGUUUGCACUAAAGCUCUAAAUCUCGUUUAGGUUGGCACUGUAGAUGCAUCCGAGUUCAUGUUUAGUUUCACUUUCGUUUUAUGUAAUUCGUUUGUUAAGUAUUCGUUGAUAGUCAUAAUACGUUACACCACAACAUUUAGUUUGGCUAAAAGUAUUUAUUUAAACAUUCGUUAGAUGUUAUGCAAAUUGUUUAAUAUGAUUUCUUGCCUGUUAUAUACAGGAUGAACGGAGCGUCCCGUGCGCAGCUCGCGCCCACAUGUGCUUUCAUAGCGACACAGCGUGCACAGCACUGCUGCCUGUUUACAUACAGUAAAAUGCGAGUUUGUAUUACAUUAUUUUAAAUACGUUUAUGAGCGUAUAAAAGCAUGGAUUAUUUAAUUAGAUUUCUUUUAUCUGCAUUUUUCUGUUCUCUUUCUGUAGCGCGAGUCAUAGACAGAUUCAGUGUAUGUUGCUGUGAGAAGAGAAGGUUCACACAGUUCAAGUGAGAGUGAUUGACAGCGUGAUGCGAUCGAUCGUUUCCACCCAACAAUAGAGUAUAUUAUACAGUUUUAGGUAUGACAUGAUGUGUUUAUUGAGCUUUAGUUCAUUUAACUUUUCUUUACUACAACCUUUUGAAGUCGAAUCUCACUAUUAUAUUUUAUAUUUACAAAAAUACUGUAGGUAUAUUUUAGGAGCUGUUUGAUUUGGGGUAAGUUUUACUUUUUGAUAAUAUUUGGUAUAUCGAAACAGAACAGGUUAUUUUACAUUUAAGAUACGUAUAACAAACAAAAUUAGCUGUAAAGAGAGGCUGAAUUCAUAUGUGAAGGAGGUGUUGUUAAAUUCCAGGACACACCCGCAUCCACAAUGUUAAUUUAAACAAGAAUGAACGAUACGCUCCCUGUUGUAACAACUACCCGUUGUAAAAAGAAAAGUGACAUCUAGUGGAUAGUAGUAGCAGCAAUAACAUUCACGUUAAUGAAUGUUCAAUGCUUGCAGAAAUAUGAAAGAAAAAAAUCGUUUCACAGCUUUUGAGAAUCAUUUUACCGCAUUUAAAAAAUACGAUUAAUGGAUUUUUUUGCCCAGCCCUAAGUGUACAGUAAACAGGGCUCAGUGAAUGACUUUUAUGGGCGAUUUAUUAACUUUGUGGGGACUUACAGAAAGACUACAAACCUUUAGCAAAGACAGACAAUGUAGAAAGGAUAUUUAACACAGAAGAUAAAUAUACGUAUACUUACAGUAAACGUCAAAAGAACAGCUUCAUAUAACAAACAGAGACUUUACUGCAGUGCCGCAUCAAAAAUAAAUCACAACACGCGUUUCAUUGAUUUAAAGUCACCAUGAAACGGAAGUUGCGAUUUACUUCUUUUCCGUAUCAUGACUUAAGUCCGAGUGAAACGGCUUCUGAAAUAUGAAAAAAUGUAGGGCGGGGCUUUAUUUUGCCUUUUCCUUUUUGAUUGGUUUGUUGUAAUAUGGGCCUGGAGGGGAGGGCUAAAAAUGCCUGGCCAUUGGACAGUGAGUAUAGUCCUACCUCUUUUUGGUUGCUUACGUCAUAUGGUGAAGAGUUGUUGUUGAGAGGGUGAGCGGAGUUUGAUUAAAAAUUACAAGAGCAAAUUAUUUUUUAAAAUAUAGUGGUGUGCACGGAUAAAACAUUUAUAAUAAUCACUGCAACACUGUCACUGUGUAAAACACUUAGAAUUUUCCUGUUUGAUUUCAUGGUGACUUUAACCUCGAGUAGAUGCAGAUGCCUGUUUGAAUUAGCGCUUUGCAGCAUUAACAACACCAACCGCUUUAAACAGCGCUUCAAGUGCAGAAAUACAUAAGAAGCUUAAUUUGCACGCAGCUCAUCGGAAGAGAGAGGCCGAUGCUGUGUCCGAAAUCGCCCACUAUACCCUCAUUCACGAUUCCCUACAUUAGUUCACUAAUAUAGUCUACUUUAAGGAGCGGGUGAAAACGAGUGAGUAAAUUCGGACACCCUGUGCACGCGAAAUGCUGCGGGCUAGGGAUGUGCCGAAUGAAGCUUCUGAAUCAAUGAGGCUUUUUAAAAAAAAUGUAUCGGUGCUUCGAAGCUUUUGACACAGUGCUCUACUUCGCCAUCUGGUGGUCAAUACAAAUUCCUACACCAACUGUGUCACUCAGAUAUUUUGUUAAUUGAAAUGUUAUUAUAAGUUUUAUUUGUAUAUUUAAUAUAUAAUUUAAUAAUAUAUAGAAUUAGAACUCAAAGUAACAAAGAAAAAUAAGCACAUCCAGUUCUUAAGUAACAUGAAUAAUAAUUUAAUAUAUAUGAAGACUUCCAAAAUUAGAUUUUUAAAAUUUCUGUUUAUCAAAAUUUUAACAAAUUGUUUUUUAUGGUGCAUUCCACUUAAUAUCAAUUAAACUGUAGUUGGUUUAAGCCAUAAUAACUCGAAAAAUGCGGCAAUCUAACACAAAAAAACAUGAUAAAAAAAGUUUGGAACCAA